AUGGCCGCUCCAGGAGCUCUGACUGCUGCGCCAGCGUCCAGCCCGGAGGACCCUGCCCGGUCAGGGCACACCUGGUGCCCAGGCCUGCGGGGGCCCCUCCGGCCGCCCGUCCUGGCCCAGCGGGGCCCUGCCUUUACCCCGGAGGCUCCGGGUGGGGCAGCGGCCGACCAUCCGGGGCUCACGCUGGCCCUGAGCGGGCAGCAGCAUGGCCGGGGCGCGGCGUCCCCGCUGCCGCUGCCCACCUGGGACCACAGAGCCAAGGCCGAGGGCCCCUGGUCACGCCAGCCGCUGCGCCAGGCUGAGCGAACGCCUCGCCGCCCCCCACUCCCAGCUCCGCUGCUGGAGAAAGGGCAGGUCGCCCCGGGCCGCAUCAGCCAGCAGGUGGGGCGCCCGCAGGCUGUGGAAAGUCAAGUGGGAAACGCUUGGCCGCGUGGCCCGCGCUGCGGGCUCCCUGCCGUCGCGGUGUGGCGAGCGGGCGGCCGGCUGGCGCGAAGGGCUCUCUCCUCCCUCCUGGUAGAUGACAAGGUCCCCAAGACGUUCCAGAAUUCCCUGGUCCAGCUGGGCCUCAGCACCAUGAAGUCCGCAGACCUGUGCAUAGGCCGCCCGGUGCUGCUCACCAGCGCGCACGGGAAGCAGGAGGUCUACACGGCCUGGCCUGUGGCCGGCUUCCCCGGAGGCAAGGUCGGCCUGAGUGAAGUCGCCCAGAGGAAUGUGGGCGUGAGGGUUGGCGAUGCCAUCCAGGUGCAGCCUCUCCUGGGCCCCGUGCUGCAGGCCGAGGAGAUGGACGUGGCGCUCAGUGAGAAAGAUGUGAAUGUUGAUGAAGAACAGUUGGCUGGCUGUCUUCUGAGAAAGCUGGAUGGCAAGAUCAUCAUUCCAGGCAACUUUCUGUACUGUACCUUCUACGGACGCUCCUGCAGGUUGCAAGUGCUGGGCGUGAGAGGGGCCGAUGGCCUGACGCUGCGGCAGCCUCAGAGCAGCUCUGAUCCAGCUGUGCAGGGACUGGCCUCCGACGGGUCUGGCGCAGAGGCCAGCGCCCUGGACUUAUCUUUGCAGCUCAGCCAGUUAGGGCUGGAGGAUUCCCUGAGUCCAGCGUCAAGCAGUACUCCGUGCAAGCCCCCACAUGACAGAAGCGUAAAUGAAGCUGCUGAUGCUGUGUCAGCUGCUCCACGAAGCGCUGGGGAUGGCGGCGGGCUUGGGCUGGAAGAACCCACCCACCUUAAGUGCAGUUUUGAAUCUGCCAGAGAAGGGAGUGAGCAGCCUGCCCGUGAAGAGAGAGUGUCGACAUCUGCCUACCUGGGAGCAAAGUGUAACACCGAUGCUUUCUAUUUUCUUUCCUCAACAACAAGAAUCAACUUUAAAAAGAUGCAUGCAAAUUCAAAGGACCAAGACAGCCAGUUCAAAGUGACCUAUGACAUGAUAGGAGGCUUGAGCAGUCAACUGAAAGCGAUUAGGGAGAUGAUCGAGCUGCCCCUCAAACAGCCGGGUCUCUUCAAGAGCUACGGUGUCCCCCCGCCGAGGGGGGUGCUGCUGUACGGCCCGCCUGGCACGGGGAAGACCAUGAUCGCCAGGGCUCUUGCCAACGAGGUUGGCGCUGCUGUCUUUGUCAUUAAUGGCCCUGAGAUUCUAAGCAAAUACUAUGGGGAGACGGAAGCAAGGUUACGACAGAUCUUUGCGGAAGCCACUCUGCGGCACCCGUCAAUCAUCUUUAUCGACGAGCUGGAUGCACUUUGCCCUAAAAGAGAAGGGGCCCAGAAUGAAGUGGAAAAAAGAGUAGUGGCCUCACUCUUAACACUGAUGGACGGCAUCGGCGCCGAAGGAAGUGAAGGACGUGUGCUGGUUCUCGGGGCCACGAAUCGCCCCCACGCCUUGGACGCCGCCCUCCGGAGACCGGGACGCUUCGAUAAGGAGAUUGAGAUCGGCGUCCCAGACGCGCAGGGCCGGCUGGACAUCCUGCAGAAGCUGCUACGGCGCGUGCCGCACGUGCUCCGCAGGGCCGACCUGCUGCAGCUGGCCCGCGGUGCGCACGGCUACGUCGGGGCCGACCUGGGGGCCUGGUGCCACGAAGCAGGUCUCUGCGCCUUGCGGAGAGUCCUGAGGAAACAGCCAAACCUGCCUGACAGCAAGAUAGCAGGGGCCGUGAGGGUCACCCUGGACGACUUCCUGCGGGGCAUGAGCGAGAUCAGGCCCAGCGCCAUGAGGGAAGUGGCCAUCGAUGUCCCAAACGUGUCCUGGUCAGACAUAGGAGGGCUGGAGAGCAUCAAGCUGAAGCUGAAGCAGGCUGUGGAAUGGCCCCUGCAGCACCCGGAGUCCUUCGUGCGCAUGGGCAUCCAGCCGCCCAGGGGCGUCCUCCUGUACGGCCCCCCCGGCUGCUCCAAGACCAUGAUCGCGAAGGCCCUGGCCCACGAGAGCAGGCUCAACUUCCUGGCCGUCAAGGGACCCGAAUUAAUGAACAAGUACGUUGGUGAGUCCGAGCGAGCCGUCAGAGAGCUCUUCCGCAAAGCGAGAGCAGUGGCUCCUUCCAUCAUCUUCUUUGAUGAGCUCGAUGCCUUAGCAGUGGAGAGGGGCAGUUCUUCAGGUGCUGGCCACGUGGCCGACCGGGUCUUGGCGCAGCUCUUGACAGAGAUGGACGGCAUCGAGCAGUUGAAGGGGGUGAUGGUUCUGGCUGCCACCAACCGCCCGGACCGCGUAGACAAGACGCCGCCGUGUGCUGCAGUCACGUGCGUGGCCUUGGGCGCUGGGGACGGGGCACGAAGCCACAGGCCAUGAGCAAAGGUGAGGCACAGAGUGACCACUGGCGCUGCCUGUGAGGUCCUGCGUGAACUCGGUGGCUGGCGCUGUCUGAACGGAAACUCGUGCCGGCCGUCUGGGGCCUGGAGCCGCCAGAGCUCUCAGGCUGCUUGAGCCGGGCCAGCUGGGGGCGCCGUGGGCAGGCGCGUCUGCCCUUGGGGGUUUCCCUCUCUGCUGCUGUUGCAAAAAAAAAAAAAACAAGCCUGUGGCUUUUGAAUUAGAGCGCGCUUGCGGCCUCCCCUCCAGGCCACCCCAAAGGUCACAGAGCAUUGAGGCCACAAUUGAGACAGGGCAUCUGGGGAAGCCGGAUGCAUUGAUGGAGGUGUGGCCGAGUGUCCAGUGUGGAACGUGGGGUGAGCCGGGCAUGAGCGGGUCUGUCUCCCGCUGAGGAGGCCGAGGGGACCUGUGUGUCCACGCAACUUCCUGGGAGAGUCUAGAGGUUGGUUGUGCCUGGGGCUGGGGGUGGCCUCUGGGUCACCAUCCUCCGUGGCCUCCGAGUGCCCGCUGGCGCCGCCUCCCCAAGUACUUGCGGACAGAGUUUGUCCGCGACCUAGGGCAUGGGACGGCCGCAGCCCAGGCAGCGCCUGGCCCUGGACCCCGUUCUCCAGGCGAGACUGAAGCCUGCGCCGCCGUGUCUCCUCCGGGGCUGAGACAGGGCUCACUGCAGGCCGACGGGUGGGCCCGGCCGGCGUGCAGCUGGCCGCUCUCCGUGGCGUCUGGCGGGAGGGGCCCGAGCCCCGUGAGAGCGCUGCGUCCUGGGCGCCGGUGCCCUCGGGCCAGUGAGAGCCGCCCUCCUCCGGUCGGGUAGCCGGCGUCGAGACUGGACUCGGCGUCCAGUGUGGGGCUUCCCGCAGUCCAGUGCGUAACGGAGUCGCGGGUUGUUUGGGACACAGGUCACGUUCUGUAGAGUAGGCUGGAGUUUUACUUCAGUGUGAGUCACUAACAUCUCUCAAGAUUUAUUUCUGCAUGCAGAGGUGUGGGGGUCAGAGGAGUCACCGGAGACAGAGCGGGG